UCCCUUUCAUGAUUUUAAUUGUUUGUUUAUGAAUUCACCCCUAAGUCUAGAACUAAAAAAAGUAAAUGUGGAAGUUUAAUAGGCUAAUUACAGUUCAAUAAUGUUCAGCAGUUGAUCAUAUGGGGAAAACAAACAUUUUAUUUCUCUUUCUCCCACUAUCUCUCUCUUUUGAGACAGAACACGCCCAUUUUGUUUACGCGCUGAGAAUCAGGAAGUAUUUGAAUUCAAGAGAAAUGAAACCUAUUUCUUCACUAGUAGUGACUCAAACUCUGUAAUAGAUCAACACCGCUGUAAAGCAAAUCAUAUCUGAGCUGUAUUUCUGUCGAGCCCUUAUUACAGGACAGAGACUGAGAAUCUGUUCAUCUUUGAACACUGCAAAGAAAUGUCUGAAUCUGCAGUGAGUCAGUAUGUGGAUCAGUUCAGCUGUCCAGUCUGUUUGGAUCCUCUGAAGGAGCCGGUGACGAUUCCCUGUGGACACAGUUACUGUAUGAGCUGUAUUACUGACUGCUGGGGCCAGAAGGAGCAGGGGCCGCCGUACCGCUGUCCCCAAUGCAGAGAGAGCUUCAGUCAGAGACCUCUACUGAAGAAGAACACUCUGAUAGCUGAGAUGAUGGAGACGCUGCAGAAGACGUCCCUACAAACGGCUGCUGUGGAGUGUGAUGUUUGCACUACAGAGAAGAACAGAGCUGUAAAGUCCUGUCUGCAGUGCUUGGCCUCCUUCUGUCAAACUCACCUGCAGCUUCACUAUGAAUCUCCUGCGUUUAUGAAGCACAAACUAGUCGAAGCUUCCAGAAACAUUCAGGAGAACAUCUGCCUCAGUCAUGGGAAACUUCUGGAGAUUUACUGUCAGGAUGAUCGUCAAUGUAUUUGUUACCUGUGUAUGAUUGACAAUCAUAACGGACACCGUUUGGUUUCACUGGAAUCUGAAUGGACAAAUCAAAAGAAAGAGUUAAAGGAGAUAAAGGUGGCAUGUCAGAAGCUGAUCCAGGAGCGAGAGAGAAGUCAGCGGGAACUCAGAGAAGCUGUGAAGUCUUUUAAAAGUUCAGCUCUAGAGACCAUGGAGGACAUUGAGAAGGUCUUCACUGAGCUCAUCUGCUCUCUUGAGAGGAAACACUCUGAGAUUAAAGAGCAGAUCAGAGCUCAGGAGAAGACUGAGAUAGAUCGAGCAGAGGAACUUCACAAACAUCUGGAUCAAGAGCUGACAGAACUCAGAAAAAGACAAGCAGAGAUUGAGAAACUUCUGAUUACUGAUGAUCAGAUCCAGUGUCUGAAGAGCUGUCAGUCUGUGUGUGUUUUACCCACAUUUGAAGACGUUCCCAGCUUCACUCAACACACUCAUCUGUCUUUUAAAGACAUUUCAAUCUCAGCGUUUAAGGAGGUUUUGGAGGACGUCUAUCAACUACAAACAGCUAAAAUAUCACAAGAAGUCUCAAAUGUCUCUGUUGUAAAGCCUCCAGAACCAAAGACUCAAAAUGAUUUUUUGCAGUAUUUCUGUGAAAUUCACCUGGAUCUAAACACAGCACACAAAAACAUCAAACUGUCAGAAGACAACAGGAAAAUAUCAGCUUCAGAUAAAGCUCAGCCGUAUCCUGAUCAUCCAGAGCGAUUUAAUGUGUUUUAUUACAUCUUGUCUAGAGAGGGUUUGUGCGGUCGCUGUUACUGGGAGGUCGAGUGCAGUGGGGACAUUUGGGCUGUAGCAGUUUGUUACAAAGGAAUUGGUCGUAAAGGAAACAGUGAUGACUGUAAACUUGGAUUCAACAAAAAAUCCUGGAGAUUGUCCCGCUCUCAAAAGAGUGUCUAUUUCACACAUGAUAAAUCCCAAGUCUCAAUCCCUGCUGUCUGCUCCUCUAGAAUAGGAGUGUAUCUGGAUCACAGAGCAGGAACUCUGUCCUUCUACAGCGUCUCUGACACAAUGACUCUCCUUCACAGAGUCCAGACCACUUUCACUGAACCCUUAUACCCUGCUUUUUAUAUUGGUUCAUCUCUCAGGAUCAUAGAGCAGAAGAGAAUUCAAACAGAGCAGAAAUAAAUAUAAUUGCUCAAGUUUCAGAUUCAGUUGCUGAACUUCUGAAACAUGUUGGCCAAUAUAUUUAAUUAAAAAUGUUAUUUGUAAUUUGAUCAACAAUGAAUAUACAACACCCAUUUAAGACACUCUCAAGCUGGAUAUAAAUAAUGUUGGAUGUUGGAAUGAUUUUGAUUUCGUGUAUUCUGUAAUUUUGGCUAAUGGAUAAUAAUCCAUGUCUGAAUCCAUUAUGUAGUUCAUCGUCAAGUCAGCUUUAUUUAUAUGGUGCUUUAUAAAAUACAGAUUGUUUCAAAGCAGCUUUACAGUAAUAAACAGGAAAAUACCAAUUCAGUGAUGCAAACAGUGUUCAAUUCUGCUGUAAAGUAGCUCUAAAAAGACAAUAGUAAACAGACAUUAUUCAGUUGAAAUCAGUUCAUUGUUGAUUCAUUUCGGUUUAAUAAGCCACAAGGUUUCAGGGUUAGUUUGGAAAAUAACUGGCCAUGAAACAAACUGUUCACAGCACGGUGCUGAUAAAAUGCUUUAUACUGUACGUCACAUGUAACAUGUUAUAUGACGUAUUAAAUGCAGCCACUAUUUUGUUCAGUUGUGUUGUUGCCUGCUAAUAGGACCACCUUUCUUUACAAACAAUUUCUUUACAAUUUGAAUAACUGUUGACUUCAGGAUGAGGUGUGAUUUUGAUUGAUUUUUACUGUUUCAUAUCUACAGUAUCUGAUGGUGAGCUGAGAAACGGCGCUUUUGAAAACCUCUUAAAGACGCAUAUUUUAAAAAUAUCCUCUCCUGUCAAUACAUAGCAAUGUUUCUUUAAAAUAUCUUUAUAUUUAUUGUUCUUUAGUUUAAUGUAUAUAAUUAAUGAUGUAAUUAUGGUAAAAUAAAAAGAAAAUUAUAUGAAAUGGUG